UGUGAAGUAGCAGAAAAUAAGUGAACUAAAAAGAACAGAUUCACUAUAUACGUAUAUCGAAAGCAAUAUGGCUUCUCUGUGUGUAGUAGUGCUGGCGCUAAAGGCUAAUCUUUAAUGAUAUAAAGAUGAAAACGUUACGUCAUCCGCUUUAAAACAAUUUUGCUCAACCGAGAUAUAAGAACUCCUUAUCAAAUAUAUCUUCAUAAUAAUGGAGCACACAGUUCCAUCCGAUAUUCUUGAUGAUCUCAGCAGCCGAUUCAUCAUUAAUGUGCCUGAAGAGGAGAGAAAAGACUUAGUGCGAAUUUGCUUUCAAAUCGAAUUGGCGCACUGGUUUUACCUUGACUUCUAUUGCACAGAAGAGAAUCCUAAGCUGAAGUCAUGCAGCAUGAAGGAGUUUGCCACUCAUAUAUUUAAGCACAUACCUUUCUUGAAACCACACGUGCAGCACAUUGACGCUGUGCUUGAACAAUGGAGAGAGUACAAGCAGAAUGUGCCGACGUUUGGGGCAAUUGUGCUAAACGAAGACAUGACCAAGGUACUGCUCGUACAGAGCUAUUGGGCGAAAAAUAGUUGGAGCUUUCCUAAGGGAAAAGUAAAUGAGGAUGAAGAACCUUUACAUUGUGCCAUUCGAGAAGUAUUGGAAGAAACUGGCUUUGAUAUAUCUAAUUUGAUAGAUAAGAAUGAAUAUAUUGAAUCUGUGAUAAACGACCAAGUAAUAAGAUUAUACAUUAUCACGGGUGUGCAAAAAGACACGAAAUUUGAACCAAAAACACGAAAAGAAAUAAAGAAUGUCGACUGGUUUGCCGUGGCAGAUUUGCCCAACAAUAAGAAAGAUAUGACACCUAAAAUGAAAAUUGGUGUUGGACCAAAUGCGUUUUUUAUGGUGGUACCUUUUGUCAAGCGGGUGAAGCGAUGGAUUCAAGAGAAACAACAACGUGAGAAAAAUGCCAUUGCGACUGUCCGAAGACAAAGACACAAAUCCCUAGGGGAUGUUGAGACAAUUUCAAAGAAUAAACGACAACAACAACCACUUUUCCAUCAGUUUUCCACUUGUCCACCACAAACUGAAGUUCCUGAUUUUAAAAUCAACCGUCAGUCGAAUACUUCUCCAGCUCGCACUCGUCGCAGUGAUAAUAAAAAAGAUGUUUUGCCGAAAGGAGUUUUCAAACGGAAUCUAUUCGGGGAAAAUGAGGAAAAUCAAUCCCCAGUUUUUAAUAAACAUUUGAUAGAUCACCCUGUUCAGCCGUUUCUGAUCGAUCCCGCCAUUCAAUCGAUCAAAUGUAACGAUUUCAGUUAUAAGACGCAAUAUUUGGAGAAAGAAGACUCUCGCAAGAAAAGUCUCCCAGAGGGAAAUAUCAAAUCGCUUUUGUUCGGCGAUGCUGCGCGCAAAUUACAAAAAGAUUUUAAAACAAUUCCACCGCCCCCCUUUGUAAGUUUGGAACACGAUGGCACGCCAGUUUUGAAGAAAAGUUACAUGGACAAUAAAGAUAAGUUUGUCUUUGAAUUUUGUUCAAAGGCUUGGGAUAAUUUUAAAUUUAAGGAAGAAAUAUUUAAGACGUUAGAAUUACAUACAAAUCGGUAAUAUGGGUUACCAAAAUGAAGGAUAGAUUUUGAAUAGAAGCAAAAAUUAUUAAAUCAUUCUUUUUAUUAAUCAUUCGAUUCAUUAUCUAUCAUUCAUAUUGUUCAGUACUGAUAUAUCAGUAUUAAUACAAAUAUAAAUUAAUUUUAAUUCUGAUCUCAAAAUUGUGAUAUGAUGAAAUUUUCAUUGUAACAUAUAUUGUAUAUACUGCAUAUAUAUUACUGAACCAACUCUGUAUUUGUAAUGUAAUGAUAAUGGAAAAUUAAAUGUAAGUUACAUUUUUAAAUGUAGAAAUUGACUUAAAAAAAUCUCUUAGACAUAAAAUUCGGACAAGUUAAAUGUGCAAAUUGCAAACAAUUUUCAAUUUUAAUUAUAAAUCCUUUAUAAAUUUGGACCAUAAUAGAUAAACUUUGUAUCUCUUCUAUAAAAUUUUGGUAACCCAUAUGUAUUUACGAUAUGAUGAUAAAUUAAGAAAAAAACCAGGUUAUUCUUAAAUCAUAUCGUACAAAUAAUGGUAAAUAAUUCAUUUAUAACUAUAAAAAAAUUAUUACAGCGCAUAAAUAACAUGAUAUUGUACAUUUUGGUUUUGAUAUCAGCACUGUUCGCCGAACAAAGAUCUGUUAUAUAUUUAUAUAUAUUUAUAACAAAUUGACGUUAAAUAAUAUUAAUUAAA